AUGGCUGACAGCAAUGUAUUCCGUGCUACCACGACUGCCCCAGUCAACAUUGCCGUCAUUAAGUACUGGGGAAAGCGCGAUGCGACAUUGAACCUGCCCACAAAUUCGUCUCUCUCAGUGACCCUCUCUCAACGCUCUCUACGCACCGUAACCACAGCAUCGUGCUCUCCCAGUUACCCUGCGGUCGAGGGAGACAGUCUUACGCUGAAUGGCAAGCCCGAAAACAUUUCGUCCUCCAAACGAACACUCGCCUGUCUCUCCAGCUUGCGCGCUCUGCGCAAGGAGCUCGAGUCUGCCGAUUCAUCUCUCCCGGAACUCUCAACAUAUCCGCUGCGUAUCGUCUCCGAGAACAAUUUCCCAACCGCUGCUGGUCUAGCAAGCUCUGCCGCAGGCUUUGCAGCGCUCAUUCGGGCCAUUGCAGACCUGUAUAAGCUUCCCCAAUCACCAACAGAUCUCAGUCGUAUUGCUCGACAGGGCUCGGGCUCUGCCUGUCGCUCGCUUCAGGGAGGAUACGUUGCUUGGCGAUCGGGCACCAAUGAGGACGGCAGCGAUAGUGUUGCUGAAGAGGUGGCGCCAGCGUCCCACUGGCCAGAUAUGAAAGCUCUCAUAUUGGUUGUCAGUGCAGAGAAGAAAGACGUGCCAAGCACAACGGGCAUGCAGACUACUGUCCACACCUCGCCGCUGUUCGCAACUCGCGCCGAGCACAUUGUGCCCAAGCGCAUGAUAGCGAUGGAAGAAGCAAUCACCAAUCGGGAUUUUGCUGCUUUUGCUGACCUCACCAUGCGCGAUUCAAACAAUUUCCAUGCUUGUUGUUUGGAUUCGGAACCACCUAUUUUCUACCUGAACGAUGUGUCGCGGGCUGCUAUUCGUCUAGUCAACGACAUCAACCGAGUGGCCGGCAAGACUGUCGCGGCUUAUACCUUUGACGCUGGCCCAAAUGCUGUCAUUUACUACCUCGACGAAGUCUCUGAAGUCGUUGGUGGGACGUUCAAAGCUAUUCUGGGCGAAUCUCUCGAGGGCUGGGACGGUCCAUUUGGCGACAGACUCAGGGGGGUUUCUGCAGGAGUUGAUCUGAACAGUCUCGACUCCAAGGCUAUCGAGGUACUGAAAAAUGGUAUCAGCCGCGUUAUCCUAACUGGCGUUGGUGAAGGACCUGCGCCGAUUGAUACGCAUCUUGUCAGCGAGACAGGUGAUAUCCUGAGUCUUGAGUCUUGA